AUGCCAUCGCAACAGAAUAGGGGCCCCGAGCUCCUCGGCGUGCAGGCGGCAUUUCUCGCGGCAGCCUGGAUUGCCACAUGUCUCCGACUAUACGUGAAAACAGCCUUGACGAAGAGUCACACAGUCGACGAUGGCGUCAUGUAUCUUUCAACCGUCAUGUACACCGUUUACGCAGCCGCCGCCGUCCACGGUAUUAUCAACGGCGGCAUAGGCCGACAUACCUCAGAUCUGGACCCAGACAGCAUUGUUAUAGCGCUCAAGGUCUGGUACAUGUGCGAGAUUCUUUACGCCUUCAUAUCCGCCCUCAUCCGGACCUCGAUCUGCCUCUUCCUCCUCCGCAUCUUCAACCGCGGGACAAACAAGCUGGCUAAGAA